AUGAGCGGCGCUAUUUCCCCACACCCCGCACCACGUUCCGACAGGGUCAUGCGGCGGAAAGUCCACGACUGCAAUUAAUUUCCUAGGCCCGGUGAAGAUGAUCCUCCCGGUCAAAUUUUCCGGUAGUCACUCUGUUAUGGAUCUCGCUCUUCGUAUCGAAUGACAACAUGGGCUUGGUCUCACUGAGCUGCUCGGAUGGCCCGGACUGUGUCUUGGCUUGUCCUGAGCUUCUUCUUGUCGAAUGACUUGCUAUUCCCACGCCGGAGGAUCCUUCAGCUGGUCCUCAGUCAAAGGACCCUUAGUCGGAAAAUCCAGAUGCCCUCGGUAUGGGACGAAGGCUAUGUGCCGGCGGCACACCCAUGUUUACGAUAUAAACCGAGCUGGAUCUAUUCCCUGGGGAUGACCUUGUAGCACCAGGUCGAUAGUAUCUACUGCUGCCUUGCCCAUUACUCUGAGCCUGUCAUCAAUGUACGGUCUACUAGGAUUUCUCGCCGCGCUGGGCUGCGUCCCGCCAGCCCUUGCAGCCCCCUUGACCACUCCUCAGAAAUCUGCUUACAUUGACUGGCGGACCUUUCAAGCCAACGGUGUCAACCUUGGAGGAUGGCUGGAGCAAGAGUCCACCAUCGACAGUCAUUUCUGGGCAACAUACUCCGGCGGCGCAUCGGACGAAUGGGGACUCUGCAUGCACCUGGGAUCCCAGUGCGGUCCAGUACUUGAGCAUCGAUACGCAACUUGGAUCACCAAGGAGGACAUUGACAAGCUGGCUUCCGGCGGAGUCAGAAUCCUUCGAAUCCCCACCACCUAUGCAGCCUGGCUCAAGGUUCCGGGGUCCCAGCUAUACUCGGGGAACCAAACCGCCUACAUCAAGGAAAUCGCUGACUACGCGAUCUCAACCUACGACAUGCACAUCAUCAUCGACACGCACUCCCUUCCCGGCGGCACAAACGGGCUCACCAUUGGCGAAGCCACGGGCCACUGGGAUUGGUUCUACAACGAGACAAACUUCAACUAUUCUAUGCAAGUGAUCGAGAAGGUGAUCGACUUCGUGCAGAAGUCCGACUCGCCGCAGUCCUAUACCAUCGAACCUAUCAAUGAGCCUGCUGACAAUAACACGAAUAUGAUUGUAUUCGGUACACCAGUUGCACUCACAGACCACGGCGCAGCCUGGGUCCUCAAGUACAUCAAGGCCGUGGUCCAAAAGGUGGCAUCAGUGAACCCUAAGAUCCCUGUUAUGUUCCAGGGGAGCUUCAAGUACCCUCAAUACUGGGAGGGCGAUUUCCCCGCCGAUACGAACCUCGUCUUCGACGUACACAACUACUACUUUGAGAACCGGCCUACCUCCUCGGCGAACCUGCCGGAGUUUCUGUACUCGGACGCACGCACCAAGUCCGGGAGUGGCAAGUUCCCAGUGUUUGUUGGGGAGUGGUCGAUCCAGGCGACAUAUAACAAUUCGUUUGCGCUGCGCAAGAGGAAUGUCAAUACGGGGCUGGCUGCGUUUGGGGAGUAUACGCAGGGAAGUUCGUACUGGACGGCCAAGUACUCAGGGAACACGAGUGUGGAUGGGCAGGGGGAGCAGCGUGAUUAUUGGAAUUAUGAGGCAUUUAUUGAUGCUGGGUAUUUUGAGUGAUUGGCCUUGAGGUUGAAUCAGAAUGUACAUAUACCAUGAUGCUGACAUCUGGAAUGACUCUUGAGGUGAAACCUUGGAUGGGUACUAUUGAUGACUUUACUUUUGCCAAGCCACAGUCUAGAAUAAACAAAAACAGAAACAAGAAAGCGACGAACGUCCACGAAUGCUCAACACAAACAAAUGAUGAAGAAGAAAAAAAGAAUACAAAUCAUUCCCCCAACGACUCACCAUCCAUCCAUCCCCUAGUUGACCACCUGAAGUCCAGUCUAA